UUUUGAACAUCUCGCCUUUGCCCAAUCCGAAACCAGUUUGAAUAGAUAUUGGCGGACAUUCAGCAAUCGGCUCUAGUAACCACCACCGCAAGGCCUACCCGUUCUCUUUUGGGCUGGUUAGACUAGGAGGAGGACCAUACCGUCCGAUUUGUGGCCGUAUGUCCCUCUAGCAAAAGAAGUGUAUCGUAUAGUCAGCCACAGUGAGUGACGAGUCAGUGAGUGUCGGUUGGUGGUGUCGACGCCUCCUGCUCUUUUUUCACUCUCUCUCUUCAUCUCUGUUCGAGUCGUCGUGUACAAACUCACUUCGUCAUUUUCAGUUUUCAUCAGUCGCACCUUCUACCUCAGGUAAUUUUACCUGCUGAUUUUUGGGUAUCGCAAGGAGUUCCGGAUCGCUCGUCACAUCGCCAUGGCUGAAAUGUCGGAGAAAUCGAAGUCUAACAAGGAGCGAUUCGCCGAUGAAGAAGGUGAAUCCAACGGGCUUCUUCCUGCUGCCCUCAAGACGCCCACCGUCACCGCCGCUACACCCGCCAUCGAUGGCCAUUCGUCGAUCAUUAAAAAGGACAACAACGACGACGCUAAUUUACCGGAGAGAGGCGAAUGGUCUUCCAAGAUUGAAUUCAUCUUCUCCACUGUUGGCUACGCCAUCGGACUAGGAAACGUUUGGCGAUUUCCUUACCUGUGUUACAAGAAUGGCGGCGGAGCUUUCUUGGUGCCGUAUUUGAUAACGAUUCUCUUCGCCGGCGUGCCCAUGUUUUUCCUGGAAUGCGCCUUGGGUCAGUACUUGGGAAUCGGUGGACUAGGAGUCUGGAAAGUGACACCUUUCUUCAAAGGAGUGGGCUACGCUGCCGUCAUCAACGCGGCAUGGUUGAACAUUUACUAUAUCGUUAUCUUGGCUUGGUGCCUCUUCUACUUUCUCGUAUCUCUCAGUAAAGUGCUUCCGUGGGGCACCUGCGACAAUUGGUGGAACACGGAAACGUGCGUCAGCGCCUACUCGCGCCAGAACCUCACCUCUUUCAUUGAAGGCAACACAACUUUCUACAACCUCAAUGGCACUCUAUACGCUGCUUCUAACCUGACUGAUCCAGUCAAAGAAUAUUGGGAACGCCGUGUCCUCAUGAUCUCGGAUGGCUUGGAGGAUAUUGGAGAACUUCGUUGGGAACUGGUGGGAACUUUGGCUGCUGUUUGGUUCAUGUGCUACUUUUGCAUCUGGAAGGGAGUCAAAUGGACUGGCAAGGUGGUUUACUUCACUGCUCUGUUUCCUUAUUUCCUUUUAACGGUGUUGCUCAUCCGUGGAGUCACUCUUCCUGGUGCCGCAGAGGGAAUUGCUUUCUACUUGACUCCCGAUUUGUCCAGACUACGAGACCCCGAGGUGUGGAUUGACGCAGUGUCUCAAAUCUUCUUCUCUUACGGUUUGGGAGUUGGUUCGCUUAUCGCUCUGGGAAGUUACAACCAAUACAACAACAACGUCUACCGGCAAUCGUUGAUAGUUUGUGCCAUCAAUUCUGGCACGAGUUUCUUCUCGGGAUUCGCCAUUUUCUCCAUUAUCGGUUUCAUGGCGAAAGAACAAAAUAAACCAAUCAGCGAAGUUGCAGCGUCAGGUCCCGGACUGACAUUUUUGGCGUAUCCUUCGGCUGUUUUGCAGCUACCGAUUUCCCCCCUAUGGUCGUGCCUCUUUUUCCUGAUGUUUAUUACGCUGGGUCUGGAUUCACAGUUUUGCACUCUGGAGGGGUUCAUAACGGCAGUGGUGGAUGAAUGGCCUCGCUUGCUUCGCCGGCGCAAGGAGAUUUUCAUCGCCGUUGUCUGUUUUGUUUCCUUCCUCAUCGGACUCUCGUGUGUUGCUCAGGGAGGCAUGUAUGUAUUCCAGCUUUUCAACACUUAUGCCUGCAGCAAUUUGGUGCUACUGUGGCUCAUCUUCUUCGAGUGCAUCGCCAUUUCAUGGGGUUUCGGAGUGAAUCGCUUCUAUGACGGCCUCAAGGAUAUGAUCGGAUAUUAUCCUACCCGUUGGUUCAAGUUUUGCUGGUGUUUCACAACUCCUUUCAUUUGCGUUGGUGUCUUCAUCUUUUACCUGGCCGAAUUCACACCUCUGACGUACCUAGACUACCAUUACCCUUGGUGGGGCCAUUUCAUAGGCUUGCUUCUAGCUCUUUCCUCCAUGAUUUGCGUUCCAGCUUACAUGGUCUACACUGUGUGGAGACAGGAAGGCACUCUGAUGGAGAAACUUCGAAGUACGAUGAAUCAGAUCAGGCCCAAUAUCACUCUGGAAGAAAUACGUAAUUCGCACGCAAAGACUUUGGCACCAAGUAGUGAGGCUGUAACAGCCGUCUAGAAACUAUUUCUUAUCGUCCGAUCUUGAUUAAAGAAAGCGGACUAAGUAGUCACCAUUCUACGCGCUGUCUAUAGGAAACGACUGAGUCGCCAUCUUUCUCUUUCGGAUUCAACGGCGUUUUAUGUUGUUUUCUUUUAAUUUGGUUUUGUUUUUUGUUCAAACUUAUUUCCCCUCUUCUUAUUAUGUUCUGGUUUUGACUAAAAUCUUUGGUAAUUCUGAGUAACUUUCCGACAGCCACUUGCUAUUUGGCUGGAGCUGUUCAUGUUCAAUACGUCUUCCAUUGCGAGGCCUCAUAAUAUUUGAAUCAUCCACUCCAUUAUUGUCUCUAUAACGUUCUUGUUUUUUUUUGUCUUUGAUGUCGAUUCCAAUCGAUAACUUCCACGACGCUCUUUGUCAAUUAACAAACGUGUGUAAGUGUUACGUCACCGAGUAGUUUUUAUGACCUUUUUCUUGUACGCCCAUCACGGCCUGAUCUUUUUUUUAUUUCCCUCAACGAAUUGUUCCAUAUUUGGGAUCCAACUUUUUUACAAUGAAAAUCAAUUAACCCUUUGUACGGCAACAUAUCCACAACAUAUCUUGGAUAUUUCUCUAUGUCUCUAUUGCUUGAUAGUUUCCUUUUGUCCCGAAAUUUGAUAUUUGGAAAAUGCACGAUCUAUUGUGCAAUGGAAAAAAGCAAAAAAGGUAAAAAAACAAAAAAACAAACAAACAAAACAAAACAAAAACAAACAAAAAACAAAAAACAAACAAAAAAAAACAAAACAAAACAAACAAAACAUAAAACAAAAAACAAAAAACAAAAAAAUUGCUUGAAAAAGUGAUAGACGUAGUAUCCGUUUAGUAACCCAUGCAGGAUAGGCGAUUGUCUUUCCUAUGGUUUGUACUGUCAUCCGUCAAAUAUAGAAAAAACAAACAAAAGAA